AUGUCGGAAACUACGACCAAGCAGGCGCCGGCGUCCUACGUCGGCACGAGCAAGAUUGUUCAGACGGACUAUCCGCUCAUCGACAACGACCCCCACUUUAAGCGUGUCGUUGGAUAUGCCCGCAGGGAAGAUUACAUUGCCGGUGCUCUCGCCGCUGCGUUUGCCCCGGCUGCGCUGUACACGCUGGAGAAGUUUGCGCCCUCACACGUCGGCCGCGGAGGCUUCGGCAAGGCUAUGCGCCUAGCCGGCUUUGUCGGUCUCGCCGGUGGCUUCCUCUGGUUCUACCAGCGCUCCGCCCUGCGGUUCUACGGCGCCACCGAAAACGCGAGAGAGGUCGAGAUGGACAUGCGCGAAAUGGUCGCCAAGGUCCAGGCCGGGCAGCCGCUGUACGGCGAGUCCAAGCUGAGCCCGUACCUGCAGGGCGUGGCGGCGCGCCAGAGCCGGUACUCGGCGCUUUUUAUGGCGACGGUACCGUGGUUCAACUUUGUCAACCACAACCAGCACGGCGUUGACACGGCCAAGUACUACCGGCAAGCGGAGCGGGAAUUGGAGGCGGCGAAGAACUAG